GAGGGAGGGCAGCUUCUCUCCGACGCCCGUCUUCGUGUCUCCUCCCUCCCUCGCCUUCCUCCUUCCUAGCUCCUCUCCUCCAGGGUCAGACUGAGCCCAGGUUGAUUUCAGGCGGACACCAACAGACCCACAGCAGCUCCGGGAGCCCAGACACCGGUGGCCAGAAGCAAGGCUAGGAGCUGCUGCAGCCAUGUCGGCCCUCGGCCUCCUCAUUCUGGGCCUGCUCACGGCAGUGCCACCUGCCAGCUGUCAGCAAGGCCUGGGGAACCUUCAGCCCUGGAUGCAGGGCCUCAUCGCGGUGGCCGUGUUCCUGGUCCUCGUUGCAAUCGCCUUUGCAGUCAACCAUUUCUGGUGCCAGGAGGAGCCGGAGCCUGUGCACAUGACCCUGACAGUCGGAAACAAGGCAGAGGGAGUCCUGGUGGGAACGGACGGAAGGUACUCUUCGAUGGCGGCCAGUUUCAGGUCCAGUGAGCAUGAGAAUGCCUAUGAGAAUGUGCCCGAGGAGGAAGGCAAGGUCCGCAGCACCCCAAUGUAACCUUGUCUGUGGCUCCAACCCCAAAACUCCCAGGCGCCUGGGAUGGAUGCCCAGUGCUACCACCCAAGCCGCCUCCUUCUUUGUGUGGAAUCUGCAAUAGUGGGCUGACUCCCUCCAGCCCCACGCCAGCCCUACCCGCCCCUGAAGUAUAGCCAGCCAAGGUUGGAGCUGAGACCAUGUCUAGGUUGGGGCUCGGCUGUGGCCCUGGGGUCUCCCCCUCAGUUCAGAAGAGCCUUCUGGAGGGGACAGUCACCUCAGCACCUCCCAUCCUGCUCACACUUCCUUCCCCAUAACUAUGGAAAUGGCCCUAAUUUCUGCAAAAUAAAGACUUUUUGUAUUUCUGGGGCUGAGGCUCAGCAACAGCCCCUCAGACUUCCAGUGAGCCCCCA